GCAUCCUUCGCAGCCCCCUUUUUAAUUCCCCAGGAAGCUGCUACAAUUCGAUUUCAACUCAAGUUAUGCGUUUUCCAUUUGCAUACGUACGUAUGAGCAGUUAAACGUGGCUGGCUACUCGCCACUUUUGUGCGCAGUAUACGCGAAUUUACCUGAACGUGUACAUAUAUUUUUUUUUUUUUUUGCGUACACCAGUGUUUAAGGCGACUUUAUGCAGGAUAAUUUUAUUAUUUUUUUUUUUUCUUAAAUUUGGCGCUACAGCUGCGUACGUAUACGAGCUAGCCAAACGGAUGUACAUAUGCACGAAUGAGUAUGUACCUUCAGACGUGCGCACAUUGGUGCUGAAAGUGAGAGAGAGAGAAGAGGUGUCCCACUUCUCUGCGCGAUUGUCACCCCGUCCCCAACGAUGAACUACAACAACAGCUAUGCCGACGGCAAUAUGCACGGAAGGCGAAAGGUGAACAAUGCCAAGGAGAAGGAACAGGAGUCAUGGAGCAACAUGAAUUACGUGAGGAAUAGCCAAAUGAAUUUGGCUGGUAGGCCCGGCGCAGACGCCAUGAUGGGACAUAGAAGCUACGCGGACGCGUCGCCGAGCGAGAGCAACGUGGAGAGGAGUCUGCCCGUCGGUCCGGGGUAUGAGCAGGCGGGCCCGCCCAUCUACAGCCUGGACGCGGACGCAGGUCAUGUGGGCGGCCACGUUGGCGGUCACAUGGGCGGCCAAUUUGGCGGUAAUGUCGGGGGCAACCUGGGGAACCGCGCCGGCGCAAACUUCCAGCACGGCUUCCUCAACCCCAACGACCUCGGUGCAGCGAGCGCGCCCAGUGCGACUCCACCCAGUUAUGUCAACGCGCACCCCGUUUGGGGGGGCAAGCGGAGCGAGUUCUACGGGCCAAGUGAGGCCAGUCACGCCGCGAGCGGUGCGAACGGUGGAGGUUACCCCACGGUAGGCGGCCCUUUCCACCCCGGUGGGGCAAACGCGAACCCUAAUUUUUAUAACACGAGUAAGGUUCCCAGCCAAGAAGGCAGAAGAGAGGGAAUGUACCCCCACCAUGUAGGGCCGAAGAACGAAGUGCAGGGAGGAGACAACCGUCUACACUUCGUAAACGACAGCAUGUAUAACCAGCAGGAAAUGAAGACCCAGGUGUUUAUCCCCUCGCAACCAUUCAAAGGAGAAAAUAGCAACAUGAGUGGCAGCCAAGUGAGUACGAGUGCCUUCCCCCAGUCGGAGAGAUGGAGCAACAGAACAGACGACGUAGAACCGAAAGCGAGCAAAGGAAUUAUGCACAACAUAUUUGAAAGUCUAACGAGCACAGUGCAGACGAAUGAUCCGAUUAACAAUCUAAUGAAACAGAAAGUGGCCAACAUGGUGAUGAGUGAAAUUGAAAAAAAAAUUGAAAGCCACGACACCAGUUUUAUAGGAAAUAAGUUGGCACUGCUGAGAGGGUACUUUGAUGUCACUCACUCGUAUGUUGUUAAUAAAAUUCUUUUCAUUUUGGUUCCUUAUGUGUACAUACGGAAGGCUCUGUGUGAGUCUCGGACUUACUAUGUGUAUAGCCACUUGGAGCGGAUGAUAGGGAGUGGCCACCACAGCAAGAGCUACACUUCUGCGUUUUCGCUUAACAAGGGGGGGAGUACCCAGGGCUACGCGCGUGGCGCGGAGGAGAGCGCCAGCCUCAUCAAGGGCACCGCAAGUGACCCGUUUGCGCAGAACCAGGGCUUUUUCUUCAACCCGAAGGGGGUCAGCGAUGUGAGAAGCGGCGUGGGGAGCGAUGUGAGAAGCGGCGUGGGAAGUGACAUGGGAAGUGACGUGCGAAACGGCCUAGGUGGCGGCGUGGGGAGCGGCCCCGACGCACAGCGGGGCAUCCCCGGGAGACACAACUCAAACGACAUAAACUACGUGGACUACAGCAGCAACAUGGGGAUCUUCAAAGCGGACCUCUACAUACCGCUCAUGUCCAGCAUCACCUACAUCCUCCUAUACACCCUCACAGUGACAGCCCAGAAAAACAACUUUGUGUUUAACCCAGACAAUCUGUUCAGCAUAACGUCGUAUGUCUUCCUCCUGCUAUUCUUCGAAACAGCCAUUAUCAAAUUUUUAUUUUUGCUAACCUGCCGAGAUAUUAACCUCUCCUUUUUGCACAUCCUUUCGUUUAUUUCCUACAAAUUUGUAAUCCUAUGUGGGUUGAUAGUUACCAAGUUUUUCUUUUACCUUUUGCAUUUUACGUGUGCCUCUCUCUACGGGGUGACGGAAGAUAUGAUUGAGAAGGCAGAGUCGGAGGUGAACGUCUUAGAGAGCAAGAAUCCCCACAAUGCAUUCAAAAGCAUGAGUGGUGCCCCCCCCCCCCCCUCGUCGGGCUUCAGCCCCUACGGUGUUGUCCUCUUCCUUAACAGCCGCACCAUGUACCGAUUGACGCAGAUUUAUUUCUACGUCACAGUCAGUGUGCAGAUGAUGCAGCUCUUUAAGUCGAUUCACCUGUACGUGCACGACAAUUCCAGCUUGUCUAACCACCUGAACGUCAAGCGGAUUAACAUUUUGAUUCUCAUCUUUUCCCUCUCCCAAAUUUUUUUGUGCUGGAUUUUGACUCCCUACUUCGCCUGA